AUGUCCCAGAAUAACCUGCUGCAAGGAUACAACUGGGAGACCCAGUACGAAGAUCCGCAGGUGCAGUUCUCUCGUUCCAUUUCAGACGAGGUCAUCAGUGUUUUUGAAGUUUAUGUGAAAGAGGAGACCGGAGAUUCCGAGGGAAGGAACGAUAUCACCAUCGUGCCGGGCUUACCAUCUACCAAUGAUCAUCAAUUAAUUCAGAAUGACUGCAUGAAUCUGGACGUUGCUAUAGACUCAGACGUGAUCAAUAUCGAUGGAGCUGUAUCGAAAUUUCUCGGAAAGGAUGCUUUUAAAUACAAGAUUCUGGAUCAAAACGUCAACACACCCGACGACAACGUUAUGGUUUACUCGCACCCCGUUGUCGAGACACCGUCCUCGACCUCCACCCGUCUGAUCGACAAAGACGAUCCAAGAUCGAAGCUUCACUUUGUCAAAUAUCUGAAGCGCGAUGGAAAGACGCUGAAAAUCUGGGAGUGCGGAAUCUGUUCGAAGGAGUUCCGGCAUCAGUACACCUUGAUGAGACAUUUGCCGACUCACACCGACGAGAGAAACUUUAAAUGCGAGGCUUGCGGCAAAGCUUUUCGCCAGUUAUCGACACUGAGCCAGCACAAGGCGAUACACAGCGACGCCAGGCCGUACGUCUGCGAAUUUUGCAAGAAAACUUUCAACAGAGUGUCGACGCUGAUCUCCCACCGGAAAACGCACUCGGAACACAAGCCGCACAAGUGCCAGGUUUGUGGGAAAGGUUUCCACCAAAAAGGCAAUUUGAGGAACCACGUGUUUACUCAUACGAACGAGAGGCCGUACAAAUGCGAGCUUUGCGGCAAAGGCUUCAAUCAAAUGUCGAAUUUGGUCUGCCACAAGGUCAAAGCGCACGCACACGCGGAGAAAAUGCAGUACGUGUGCGGAAUCUGCGGCAAAGAGUUUCCGCGUCGGUUCUCUUUGAGAUCGCACGAGGAGUACAAGCACGGCAUAAAGUAUCGACAUCCGACCACCGCGCAGUCCGGAAUGAACGAUCCGAACGUCAUAAGAAACAAGAAUGUCAGGAUCGUACAAUUGCCCAAUGGUGAUCGCAAUCAGAGCAUCGAAGUUAGGAACAAAGAUCCCAUGAUCGCGCCUGACGUUAUGGAGUCCGUGGUGAUCGACAAAAUCGACACGAAGGCAAUGGAGAUGGCGCUUCUCGAGGGCCAAACGCCGUUCGCCCUCUUCAAACCUGCCAAGGGAAUUCCUGUCCUCGUGAAAGUUUCGUCGACCGGAACUCAGAAAAAUAUUCUGACACCCGCGACGGCUGACGAUCUACGAAUGGCGGGAAAGAUGACUCUGAGUCCAACGAUCGCAGCAGAAAUGGACAGGAUCAAGGCUGUACAGAUCAAGGUGCCCGUGGUGGCCACCGUGAUCCAAAACCUGGAUUCUGAUGGGAAGACGAGCUUCAUCAUCGAACCACCCGGUCCUGAGAACGAACACGAGAGCCUGGUCACGGCAUUGGAUUCUCAGUUCACGUACACCGAGCCCCCCAGAAACGAACCAGAUCGCCAGAAUGGUGCUGUUGAGGAUUGCAACGAGCUGCUAGAAUUGGCCGCCCAGGGUGGAAUACAAUUCGUUCGCGCCACCGAGGAUGGUCGUUACGAGGUGAUGACGAACAGCGAGGCCCGUGACUUGAUGGCACAGAAUUCGCACGAUGUGACGAUACUCGAUGGCGAGGAAGCAGGCGCAAUCAAUGUGGUGAAUAUGCGCGGGAACGGGGACGUCAUCAUCGGGGAUUCCGAUAAUCAGAUCAUGGUACUUGACUCGGCAUCGGCGCAGAAAUCCAUGACGAUGGACAGCAUCGAGAUUCUGGAGGACAAGGACAUCAGAAUUCUCGAUAGCAAGGGCCUUGACGAUCGUUUCGUGGAUGGCAUUAGUUUCCUCUCGCAACCCAAAAUCGAUGAUUUAAUCCUGGGCUCGAAACCUUUGUCCAUGGACGGCGGUGUUGCUGUCACCGGACACGAAGACGAAGGUAUAGGACUACCAUCGAGCCAACAAGAAUUAACGAGCAUUCUGGGUCAUCGAAGCGACAUUUCGACUCUCUCGAACUCGUCUCAGUCCUCGAUAUCAUCUUUGUUACUGAAAAAUCAUCCACCCUUGUCGCUUCUAAACGAAACGCUUCCCUUCUUGAAAAGCAACAAUAGCUUGGCGGAGGACUUGAACAUUCUCGGUAACUCGACCAUGGAGGAUCAUCACUCCGCCUACGAAUCCAAGAUGAAACUAUCGUCUGUGUUCGACGACACCGAAUCCGACGCAGGUUUGAUACCCAUCAGUCAAGCGGACAUGAAGCUUCUAGGAUCCAUACAUCAAAAGACGAAGGUUCUCAACAAUAAAAUGAACUGUCUGGCGUCGUCGAAGCUGUUCGCCGGAUUGGGCGACGUGAAAAUCCUGGGCCCGAAGAAUCACGCUCAGGAAAUCAUGGCGCCCCACUAUUCGGACAUGAAAUUGCUCAGCCCGUACGAGCAGUUUCUGAAGAACACGGCUGCCAACACGAACGGAUGCGACACCAACAUCGCGAACAUUUCCGGCGGAUGCAGAAAGGAGGUUAAAAUUUUGGGGAAGAAACUUGGAAUGGGCAUUAUAACCAGCACGGAGGAUGGUAACGUCGUGGAAGUCGUCGAAGACAAAACUAAACUGAUGAUGGACUCGGGAGGAGUGCUUUGCAACAGCGCGGAUGACAGCACCGGGACGAUUUCGUCGCCGCGUUUAGAAAGACAGAUCACCGAGAAUGGCGGGCCCGACAGCUUCUUGCUUCAAGCCUGUAGCCCGUGCGACCCGGACUUUCUGAGUUUCGAUAACCGUUUGAAAGACACCUCGCCUGGCAGCCACUACGAGCGAGCCCAAAAGGAUUCCAGGGACAGCUUCAGCUCCACCGGUGGGCUUCCCGAUCUCGAUUGA